AAGAGAAAGAGAGCAGAAAACGAACCAAUGGGAGAAUAAUCCGGUGUGUAGGAUUGACCAAUCAGAGUCAUUGUUGUUGUCAGCAACCCAUCUUUGACAGUGUUUAUCUUUUUGUCUCUCGCUCCCCAAAAUGGUGGACUAUUAUUCACUUACCUCUCUCUUAGAUAAAUCAUUCACAGAACAACACUUCUUAUCUCGACAUUUCUGUAACUAGGCUAUGCUUUGACGCCCUAGUUGUUGUUGGUGAUGGAAGUCAGUGUCGGUGGUUUGUUGUUCAAAUCAAACUUUGACUCUGGAAACUUGGCUAAGGUUGAGAGAGUGUAUAAAGAUGAUACCAAAGACAGUUCAUCAGUUUCCAAUAAUGUGAACCGAAAUGCGGAACUCCAACCUGAUUUGGAAUAUAAUGUUUGGACCAGACCAGACUGUUCCAAUACCAUAUAUGAAAAUGGAAAUAGAUCCUGGUUCUACUUUGGUAUAGAGGGGGGAUUGCCUGGCCAAAUGAUCAAAAUCAACAUUAUGAAUAUGAACCGUCAAGGUAAACUUUAUAGCCAAGGAUACUGUCCAGUGAUAUACACAGUUCCUGGCAGCAAUAAAUGGGAACGUCUUCAAGAGAAACCAGUUUUUGAUACUAUUGAUGGCCAAUUUAUUCUGUCAUUCUGUUAUCGGUUCACUGAAAUCAAAGGUGCUACAACAUACUUUGCUUUUGCUUACCCACAUUCCUACAUUGAAUGUCAGAACAACAUCAAUGAGUUGGAGGAGAGAUAUAGUUACUGUAAAAAUAUAUCUUCUGUGGAAAACAUUGCAGAAGAUACUGUUUACUUCUACCGAGAGCUGCUGUGUUACUCCCUGGAGAAGUUGGAGGUCAGUCUAAUAACAGUUUCAUCAUUCCAUAACAUCAUUGAUGAGGAGGAACCUCACUUUGAUCCAAAACUUUUCCCCAUUAAAAACCAGCCAAGGUGCAAGAAAUUUAAAGAGAAAAAGGUGUUUGUAGUAACGAGUCGUGUCCACCCAGGUGAAACUCCUUCCAGCUUUGUAUUUAAUGGUUUCUUAAAUUUUAUCCUUCGACUUGAUGAUCCUCGGUCAAUUCAACUACGAAAGCAGUUUGUCUUCAAGUUGAUUCCAAUACUAAAUCCAGACGGUGUCAUGAAUGGUCAUUACCGGACAGACACACGUGGGGUGAACUUAAACAGAGUGUACGGGGACCCUAGCUUUGAACUCAAUCCGUCCAUAUAUGCUGCCAAAAGUAUCAUUAUUUAUUACCACGUCAACUAUCGGCUAAAGAAAGACAUGUACAAAGACAUCAAAUUUCCUCCAACAGAUAUAUUACCCAAACAAACUGACACCCCUUCUACCACCAGUAAUACAAGUACUACUAAAACCAUUGAUACCAAUUCCAUUAUUAAGUUCCCUGAAAUUACAAACAUUGGUUUAUGCCAAAUCACCCAAUCACUUCAUGCAACUAGAUCAGGGUUAUCUCAUCGAGAACUCAAUUAUAAAGCAUGCCUAUUAGCAUCUCGUUAUAAAUGCCGGAACUUAUAUGAUGGUGAUUUGCCAAAGAGACCCCAUUCAUUCUCCACUUACGAUAGGAUGACUCAGAACAAGUUAAACGUUUGCAACUCCCCAGCUGUAAAAUCAAUAAACCAGUGUAGUCAAACGAGUGGCAGCAGAUCUGAUUCUGAAGACUCUUCAGACCCUAAAGGCAUCAAGAAUGGUUCAUUAAAUAAAGAAUACUCAGCAAAAACUGAAGAGCAGACACAAGUCAUUGAUUCUGAAUUAACAAUGCAUUUAGAAUCAUUGAGAAUUUCAAAUGGAGCUAACUCUGAUAUAACCCAGACAGAGGCAUGUAGGAUUCACUCAGAAUCUGUUGAAUGCAAUUGUAAGUCAGAUGAAGAAAGAACAAACUCAAGAAAUGAUGGUUCUGAUGAAGACCAUGACAGAUAUCAAACAUUACCACCAAGUAAUGUUCCUUCUUCUGCUCAUCUCAAUAACAGUGCAUUCCGAAGAAUAUUGCCCCAACACAGUGGCAUUGCUUUCUAUAUUGACUUACAUGGCCAUGCCUCUCGUAAAGGCUGUUUUAUCUAUGGAAACUUCUUGGAAGCUGACGAUUCACAGAUACAAAAUAUGCUCUAUCCAAAGUUAGUGUCUCUGAAUUCAGCACAUUUUGAAUUUGAUGCCUGCAAUUUUUCCCAACGCAACAUGUACAUCAGAGACAAACGUGAUGGACUCUCAAAAGAAGGAAGUGGACGUGUAGCUAUUCAUAAGUGUACAGGUAUCAUUCACAGCUAUACCCUAGAGUGUAAUUACAACACUGGUAAAGUUAUGAAUGCCAUUCCCCCUGCUUACGGAGACAAAGGUAGAGCUUCUCCAACUUCUAUUGUUGGUAUUCCUCCAAAAUAUACUCCCAGCAUCUAUGAAGAUGUUGGCCAGGCUAUAGCUGUUGCAGCCCUUGAUAUGUAUGAAACCAAUCCAUGGUCAAGAGUCACCCUCUCUGAAUACAAAAGCUUAUAUGGUACUCGAGAAUGGCUAAGAAAAUACUGUUUGAUUCCAAAGGGGUUUCUAAGACCAAAGAACUACAAGCCACCUCUUCGUACACACAGUUUUUCUCAUUUCUCCUCUUCACGUAACAAAAUCAACUCUAAUGACACUAUUUCAUUAAACUCACUCUCAACAACAUCAGAAACAGUUCCAAAAAAUCUCAACUCUGGCAAGAAAGAACUGCGUCCAUUAAAAGAUGUUUCUUCCCGGUUAACAUCGUGUUCCCGAAAAUGCAAUGUAGGUAACAACAAAAAGGAAGAAGAGUCUACGAUAUCUGAAACCAAAGUUUCAGGUUCUUUCACUCUUCCCAACAGCACUGAGUCACCAGGUUUGGCUAGUCUGAGAAGUACACGACUUCAACACAACAAAAUUAACCCCAUUAGUUACAAUGUCUGUUCUGAAAGUGUUCCAAAGCACACCACUAAGUUUACAUCUCGGAAUAAACCCAUCGACUCAAAACUUCAGAGAGCAAAGUCAGAUAUCUCCAAAAGUACUUCAAUUUCACCUGCCAUCUUCUCCAAACCAGUCAAAAGUAACUCCCUAUAUGACAAGAAAGAUGCGGUUAAAACUGGCUUAAGCCGAUCUGUGUCCAGUGGUAAUGAUAAGCAACGCUCAUUGCUUCAUUUAAAUCAUAACCACACAUGGUCAGCCGAAGGUUCGUUUCAUAACAACAAAUUAAUGUUUAAGUCAAGGCGGCACAUGUCUUCUUCAACAUCAAUGCAGAGAAAGAAGAGUGAACUAGCAAGAGUUGAAGGUUCACUAUCAAGUGUCCAUUUGAAAUCAAAGGAGGAGUUUUCAUCUGAAGCCACUAAUGAUGUUCAAAGAAAUAUGCCACCGAAAAAGAAACGAAAAUAUAGUUUGUUUAAGAAAAAACCAGCAGUAAACAGUCUCAGAUCCAACACCAUCUCUAGAAACCAUUUGAAAACUGAGCGCCGAGACAGCACAGCACAUGAAAAAUUUCCUCACAAACGUAAAGUAUCGUGGAGAAUUUUACCUCAUUCAACUUCACAACAGUUCACCAAAACCAAUUCUAAUUAUAGAUGUUCAAUAGCUAAAGCUGCUACCUUCCAAAGUUUUGUAAAUUUACCUUUCAGCAAUGUCAACAGGUUACCGUUUCAAAUCGAAGGAUGUUCUCUAAGGAAUUGUUCUAAAUCUGCCAAAGAACCAGAAGUUCCAUCUUAGUCUACCACCCAUUAUUGCCAAAAUUUUUUAACUCACAUCAUCCACCAGUCUGUCCAGUUUGGAGGAGGAAAUCUAUUUAUUUCACCAUUUCUCAUUGGAAUCGACCAACCAAAGAAUUGACUGUCACCAGGAAGAAACUAGAUCAAAAACAAUCCAGUAGUCUAUACAACAAACACCAAACUAUGUUUUAAAACUAUUUAAAAUAAUAUUCUUUCACUGUGUUCCAAUCAAUUCCAGAACAAAAAAGAACUUCCAUUGUUUGUUAUGUAUUCUUAUUAUUUAUAUUUAUUUAUUUAUUAUAGAACAAAAGGAGAUACCAAUGGUUUUGAAGAAAUUAUAUUCUGAGUAUUAGAUUAUAAUUUCUGUUGUUGCUAUUUUAUUGUUUCAAGUUGAAAUUGAAUAAAAUAAUAAAAAAAAAAGAAGAAAAACUACAA